AUGUCCCUCGGUGCUGACUGGCCGGUGUGUGCAGAGCAGAGCUACGGGGAGGUGAACCAGCUCGGCGGGGUGUUCGUUAACGGCCGCCCGCUGCCGAACCCGGUGCGGCUGCAGAUCGUGGAGCUGGCCCAGCUCGGCAUGAGGCCCUGCGACAUCAGCCGCCAGCUGCGGGUCUCCCACGGCUGCGUGUCCAAGAUCCUGGCCCGGUACAACGAGACCGGAUCCAUCCUACCUGGAGCCAUCGGAGGCAGCAAGCCCCGGGUCACCACGCCGGCGGUGGUGCGCAGCAUCCGGGACUACAAGCAGGGAGACCCGGGCAUCUUCGCCUGGGAGAUCCGGGACCGGCUGCUGUCUGACGGGGUGUGCGACAAGUACAACGUGCCGUCCGUCAGCUCCAUCAGCCGCAUCCUCCGGAACAAGAUCGGUUCUCAAUCUCCGCAGUAUGAGAGCAUCAAACCGGGCCCGGCCCCGCUGCAGUACGGACACGUCUAUCCGUACUCCUCCUACAGCGGCCCCGGGGCUCCCACCGGCUCCAGGACCGCCCUGCCCCGGAGCUGGCACAACAUCCUGGGCCUCCGAGCCUUCAUGGAGCCGCCAGCUCUGCCUGGAUCUGAUGGACACGCAGCCAAAGUGGAGGACUGGACCAGUGUGACCAGUAUGUCCAGUAUGAGCAGCAGACCGUUUCCUUCUGGAAUCAACGCAGCAGAGAAAACCAAUGAACUGAACCUCAAAUACCCACAGCAGCACUCCUCCGGUCUGCCUGGUUACGUCUCAGCUUGUGCAUAUUCUCCUCCAAACCAGUACAGUGUGUACGGAGCUCCUACAACCAACUACAUGAGCCCUGGACACCACUGGCAGCCCCAGUCCUCCAGUCUGACUCCCAGUCUGACUCCCAGUAUGACUGCUGGUUUGAGUCACUCCAGUCCUGCAGCACCACUGGAGACUGCAGAUUUCCACCCUGCAACAUCUCUGAAACCUUCACAAAGAGAAGAGCAACAGAAGCUUCCUCUCAACAAACAUCAUUAUGCUGCUCACAGAUUAUCUUCAGCCUCGUGA